CGGUCGGCCUCGUCUGGGUCUCUAGUAGUUUCCGUGCCGCUGACGCACGCUUGCGCGCACAGCUGGGCCCGGCGCGUCCUACGCAGCAGCCGCGAGCCGGGGCGGCCGGUGCCAGACGGUUCCGGCGGGGGGCAGGGGCGGGGCGCUGCAGGAGGCCAGGGACUCCCGACCGAGGAGCCCCACGAAGGCCCAUCUGACUCCUGACGAGUUGCCAUGGCAUCCUACUACGACAUCCUAGACGUGCCGCGAAGUGCGUCCGCUGAUGACAUCAAGAAGGCGUAUCGGCGGAAGGCUCUUCAGUGGCACCCAGACAAGAACCCGGAUAAUAAAGAAUUUGCUGAGAGAAAGUUCAAGGAGGUGGCGGAGGCCUAUGAAGUGCUGUCAGACAAGCACAAGCGAGAGAUCUACGACCGCUAUGGCCGGGAGGGGCUGACUGGGGCUGGAACUGGCCCAUCCCGCGCAGAACCUGGUGGUGGUGGGCCGGGCUUCACCUUCACCUUCCGCAGCCCCGAGGAGGUCUUCCGGGAGUUCUUUGGGAGUGGAGACCCUUUUGCGGAGCUCUUUGAUGACCUGGGCCCCUUCUCCGAGCUUCAGAGCCGGGGUUCCCGACACUCGGGCCCCUUCUUCACCUUCUCUUCCUCCUUCCCUGGGCACUCUGAUUUCUCCUCCUCCUCUUUCUCCUUCAGUCCUGGGGCUGGUGCUUUUCGCUCUGUUUCUACAUCCACCACCUUUGUCCAAGGACGCCGCAUCACGACACGCAGAAUCAUGGAGAACGGGCAGGAGCGGGUGGAAGUGGAAGAAGACGGACAACUGAAGUCAGUCACAAUCAAUGGUGUCCUGGAUGACCUGGCGCUGGGCUUGGAGCUGAGCCGUCGAGAGCAGCAACAGGCUGUCGCCUCAAGGUCCGGGGGCACACGGGUCCGGCAGACUCCUGCCUCCCGCCCCUCUGACAGCGACCUCUCUGAGGAUGACGAGGACAUACAGCUCGCCAUGGCCUACAGCCUGUCCGAGAUGGAGGCGGCUGGGAAGAAACCCGCAGAUGUGUUCUGAGCUGGAUGUCCGGGAUCCAGAGCCGCUGCACAGUUCCAACAGGACAGCGCCCUCCCCUGUGCGCUGGGAGGGGACCCACCAUUCCUCUCCCUCACCCAUGCUAAGCGCAGAGCUGGGCCUGGGUGGUGGGUGGGGGCCGGGUGGGAGGCAUCCUUAGUCUUAGCCUGCGAACUCUUCCCUGGGUGUUUGGUGCUGUCUCUUGGGGACUACAAGUCCCAGAAUGCAACACACCCUGCCUCAUUUCUGAUAGAUCAUGCUAGGGGAAGCGGUGAGUGGUUGUGGAGCUGUGCAUAUUGGGACAUGUAGUUCCAGCCCAGGUUGGCUUGUCACUCGCUGUGAGAAGGGGAGAUCUUGUCAUCUGAUUGGACUCUGGCGGGGGUGGCAAGAAUGUGGAUGAAGGGGUAGUGGACCAAGCUUCAGUUCCCCUGACACAGCUUGCUAGCCCCUGGCUUAGAGUGUACAAAUGAAAACCCUGCAGCAUCUGGGAGAGGCUCUUUUCCUCUGCGCAGUCGGAUCCGAUGGGACGGAUGAGCAGGGCGUGGCCCCAGGAGGCGACUGACAGGCGUGGGCGGGCAGAGAGCUUGGAAGGGGAGGCCACCAGUGUGAGAGAGUGUGUGCGUGUGUGCGUGUGAGCGUGAGAACACGCACGCAUGCGCGUGGCCGGGGUUGGUGUGUGAUGGGUCCUCUGGGCAUGUUGCUGCUUGUAUGGCUUCAUUGGCCUCUAACCCUGCUGCCCAUUCUUCUUCUCCAACACCACAAAUAAGCUGCCUCUCCUCCUCCCUGCCUGGGGAGCCCCGUGGCCAGGGAGGGGAGUGGUGGAAACAGGGUGUUGCCAGCCCUGUGACACGGCAUCCUAGAGACCUAUCAAAGCCAGCUGGGCUGAGCUCAGACCGAGAGAGAAACACUGGAAGUCAAUAAAUAAAAAUGUUUUGAGA